GAAGGUCACUGAUAACGUGUUGUUUUGACGGCGCGUGUUGUUAAUAAUUUAUAGAUGAAUAAGAUACGUUGCAGGAAGUAUACACACGGCAUCGAACUAUUGCUAUAAAAAGCAUACUUUUGCAUGUUUCCUUCUGCUUCGACAUGAAGUGCUUCAUAUUUAAUGUUUUAUUGAUCACAGUGGUAAUCCUUGCAACAAUACAAGUUCAAGGUGGUAGUCCUGGUUCUCCUGGAGCACCAGGUAGUCCAGGAUGCCCUGGUGGUCCAGGAGGGGCCGGUGGUCCAGGAAGUGCUGGUGGCCCAGGAGUCUCUGGUGGUCCAGGAGGCACUGGGGGCCAGGGAGGAACUGGUUUUCCUAAUUGCCCUGGUGGACCAGGAGGGGCCGGUGGACCAGGAGGUGCAGGUGGUCCAGGAGGAGGUGGUGGUACAGGAGGCGGUGGUGGAGGAGGAGGCCCUGGUUCUCCACCUGGAAGUCCUGGUUCUCCUGGACCACCAGGUAGUCCAGGAGGCGCCUGGGUCCAAUAGGAGCUGCUGCUCCAGGAGGCGCCGGGGUCCAAUAGGAGCUACUGCUCCAGGAGGCGCUGGUGGAAUGAUCUUGCAACCCUUGUAUUCAGAGUGUGCCAUUUAUGGUAAAUUAAUGCACGAUAUGUUUGAAGAAAUGCGGAUUGAUAACAGAAUUGGUCCAGAGCAGUGUCAAUCAGGAAAUCAAACAAUAUGCAUGUCUAAAGAUGUGGAAAAGGUUCGCUGUGCAGUAACUGAGCCAAUGCCACAAGAAUGUGUGGAUAAGAUUAUGGAGUUUGUACAAGGAAAUUCAUGUAACGAUGUGUGAUGAAAUCGACAUUUAAAUUGUAAUUAUAACUGUUGCCACCAUUUAUGAUGAAACAUUAAAUGUGGGUGAAAUAAAUAUAUUCAAUUAUGAA